CCUAUGUUUUUUUUUUACUAUAUUUUACUUCGAUUGAAUCAAUAUUGUACCGUCCCGAGAGUAAUGCAUUCGUAAGUUGGAAUAUAAUACUGUAAUAUUCCGAUAUACAAAAUUCCGGUCUAGUCGUUUUGUAGACGUGUAAAUUCACCUUAUCCCGUUCGGCAAUCUUCCAUGAUGAUUUUUGGAGUGAUCAGACUGUUGAUUUGUGUGCUUUUUGUUGCCCUGGUCUGUAGCAACGGCUACGACGGUUUGGACAGAAAACCAGUGCGUUUAAGUUCGAUCGAUUUAGUAAAGAUGGUGCCCGAACCACUGACGGCCAUCAUCGACGCCCAUCUCAGCGACAAUUUAUACUGCAUCGAUGGACUGGUGAAAUGUCGGACAGACAAACUCGAACAUCUCGCCCGCCAAUGUAUAUUCGAUUUGAUCAAGACCAAACUAUCCGAGGAGUUGACGACCCAUUUGAAGCUCUACAUAAAUUACUUGUUGGACGAACGGCAAUUACUGAAGGAAUCGAACGAUGCAAUUAUUGUAAAAACACUGGACACCGUCCAGCAAAACGUCGUGGUGCUGUCCGGCUUAUUGGCAUUCCUGUACGACCACAAAGCCGAAAUUACCGAAUUGAUGGACACAUAUUUACUGCUGAGCGACAUCACGACAGUGUACCGACGAUCAUCCAGUAAGGGGAAUUUCGUCGAAGCGUUAAAAGCCAAAUCGUACGAACCGUCGGAGAGCAUACCCGCUGCCGGAGUUCACCGAAUGUUGUUCGAGAAGUAUAAUAACAAUUUUUCCCCAUUUACCCUUACCUAUUAUUAUAUGCAUCAGAAAUUUUGGAUGACGUCCAAAACGCUAAAAUGGAAACAACUGAUGGAGUCCACGACGGAUGCGGCCGAACUCGUCAAGCAAAAGGUACCCGUGGGCAUCAGCGAGUUGACAUUGAAACAGUGGUACGACCAGGUGAUCGUCGCCUCAACCGAUUCGGUGGAAGUGUUUAGAUUUUACACACAAGUAUCGGACGCGGUAACCAACAUAAUCUUAGACGCUACCACGGUAAUCAUUGGUGGUUUCAUCCAACUGUUGAGACUGCUCGCUUCGAACGUAGGUCUUAGUCCGAGCCAAAUCCGGGAACAUGUCGCUUCGGCGUUUUACAAAGUCAAGGACUUAAGCAAGGCGGCAGCAACGUUUGUGCGGUACUCGUCCGACUAUUAUCACCUGAUCAGACCGAUAGAAGAGUUGGAAAACCCGUUUAAUGUUUUGAAAUACGCUCUAGCGAUUGGAUUGACCAAACCCAAUCGACUGACCCCCGAACGAAUGUGGCCGAUGGCAGCCAACUUGGAAAAAAAGGCCAAUAACAUUUUGCAAAUCCAUUCGGACCCGUCGGAGAAACGCACCGUUACAGAUAUACUCGACGACAUGCAAAAGGCAUCUGUCCAUACCCAAGCGGUAAUCAAAAUAAUCAAGCCUGUUGAACUAUAAUGAUUGUAUUGCAUUGUCUUGAAAAAAUAUAGCUUUACUGUUUUACCUGCCAAAAUAAGUGUGUGUGUGUGUGUAUUAAAUGCAUUGUUUAACCUUAUGAGACGUUGAGUAGUUCAAGAUAAAAAAA